AUGCUAGGCAUCUCUUCCGAUAUCAUCUGUCUUCGCUUGAGUAUUGAUCCCAAGACCAAGCCGGUGAGACAGAAGCGAAGAUCUUAUGACGCUGAACGAUACGAGGCAAUGAAGGCAGAAGUUGAAAAACUCAAAAACAUAGGCUUCGUCCGUGAGAUUGGGAAAAAUAUAGAAGUUUAUGUUGAUGAUAUGUUAGUCAAAAGUAAACAUGCUGACCAACACAUCGCCAACCUGUUUGAAACCUUCUGCAUCAAUAAAAAGUAUCGAAUGAGGUUGAACCCCAACAAAUGCGCCUUCGGCAUGGGCUCUGGAAAAUUCUUGGGCUUCAUGAUUAGCCAACGAGUUAUUGAAGCUAACCCCGAGAAAAUCAAAGCAAUCAUUGACAUGAAAAAACCAGUAACUUCAAAAGACAUCCAAAGCCUUACUGGCAAGGUGGCACCCUUGACCAGGUUCGUUUUUAAAGCCAUGGACAAAUGCGCUCCUUUUUUCAAAACACUCAAAGGAAGUAAGAAGUAUAUUACGUGGAUUGAUGAAUGUGCCGAAGCAUUUAAGAACCUUAAGGAGUACAUGAGUAAAGUCCCUCUACUUUCCAAACCUGAAGUUGGCGACACCCUAAUUGUCUAUCUGUCUGUCUCGGCUUCAACAGUUAGUUAUGUCCUCAUUCGUAAGGAUGGUAAUAUCGAACGACUUGUCUACUACGCUAGCAAUGCUCUACAAGAUGCGGAGACACAAUACUCCAACAUUGAGAAAUUAGCUCUAGCAUUAGUGAUAGCACUGGGAAAGUUUGACAUUUCCUACCACCCAAAGCCAGCUGAGAAGGGCCAAGUAGUUGUAGAUUUCAUCGCCAAAUUCACUUAUCCUAUUGACAUCUCUCCUACACCUGAAGCUGUGGCUUCAUUACCCCCAGAAGCUCGGAAGGUAGAACCAACACUCCCAGUAUGGACUCUAUAUGUUGAUGGCUCAUCCAACCAACAAGGUUAUGAAGCAGGACUAGUCCUGACUACCCCCGACAAAGUGACAAUGGAGUAUGUUUUUCACUUCAAAGUCAAGGCGUCAAACAAUGAGGCCGAGUAUGAGGCCUUUUUAGCAAGUUUACGUUUGGCCAAACACCUUGGAGUUAAACAAAUUGAUAUCUUCAGUGACUCCCAAUUGGUGGUUAACCAAUUCACGAACAACUUUGAUGCUAAAGAUAACUCCAUGGCAGUAUAUCUUGCGCAAACGCAGCUUUUGCUCAAGCACUUCAAUUACCAGAUCACCCAAGUCCCUUUAGUGGCAAACAGUCAUGCAUACGCUUUAGCUCGCCUUGCCUCAGUAGUAGAAGACAAGAUUAGGAGAAAAAUUCAUGUCGAAUUGUUGGCAGCACCAAGCACUAUGGCCGCAAAAGUGUGCAACAUACAACAGGGGGAUAGUUGGAUCACCCCGAUUUAUAAAUUCCUUGCUCAUGGCACCCUCCCAAAUGAUAAAGUCCAAGCUAAGCAGAUUCAAUACAAGUCCACCCGUUACCUGAUCAUUAAUGACUAA